GUAGAAAGCACCAAGCAGUUGAACUGAUUACCAGUAGUGUGAAGCAAAUGCAUCUGCUGUCUUUUAUCUUUAUAACUAUACUUGGUUUCUCUAACGUAUUUCGCGAUUCAAAAUGACUGACUAGCAAACUUGCUCAAUCUGUAUCGGAAAGUUGAGUAGUAAAUGGCAUAUUUCCCAUGGCAACAUAAAGGCAACAUAAGCGCCAGUGUGGAGACGCAAUACGUCCAGAUGUUUCCAGUUUGUCCUCACCUCCUCCGUCCGCGUUGGAUGCCCGUGCUGGCUCUGGAGAAAGAGAGCAAUGGAAAUAAAGGGUUGCCUUUCAGACUCCCCCGGAAUAGGGACAACCUACAUUUUGUUGGACAAAUGGUGAAGUCAUCCAAGCAGAGAUGCUUAAGAGAUCUCUUCCUACUUCGCCCCUGUUAAAUACGCGACUAAAGCCCAAACAUGGUGACGCUGAGGAGAAGAGGAUGUUACAUAAAAGGAGACGUGUUGUGCACGUUGCUGCUACUGCUGCUCUUCUCCUUGUUGCUCUAUGUGCGACAGGUCCUUUUGUCCUCUGGGUGGGACAAGCCAGCAUGGAGGCUGGAAAUCCUUCAUCCCACCAGCCCCAGUCGGACCCUGCUAGGAUCCAACAGAGUCAGAGUGUCCCAAGAGCCCCUGCCGGAUGCAGCCAGCCCGUCUGAGCCUCAGCUACCUCUCUGCGAACGCAAGUCAAAACGUCCUAAGCCCAAGUCUAAAGCUCAGUCUAAAUCCAAAGGAAAGUCCAAGUCUGGACAGAAGAGCAUCACAGCGAGCGAGACGAGCGGCGCGCCCGUGCCGACAUUGCCGCUGUUUGACUUUGCGGGCUAUAUGCGAGAGAAGGACAACCGCAACUUCCGUCUGCUAAUAGAUCAACCGCAGAAAUGUCAGCUGGGAGGAAACCGCGAGCUUUACAUGCUCAUUGCGGUGAAAUCUGUCGCCGCAGAUUUUGAUAAGCGGCAGGUGGUACGUCGGACCUGGGGUAAAGAAGGCGGGUCCGUCCGUACAGUCUUCCUGUUGGGGGUGCCCAAGAAUCGCACCGCCUUGCCUCUGUGGGAUCAUCUGCUGACCUACGAGAGUCAAACCUUCGAGGACAUUCUGCUGUGGGACUUUGAGGACACCUUCUUCAACUUGACCUUAAAGGAAACGCACUUUCUGGAAUGGGUCAACCGCACCUGUCCUCACGUCAAGUUCGUCUUCAAAGGGGACGCCGAUGUUUACGUGAACGUGGAGAACAUACUGGAGAUGCUUCAAGGUGAAAAGGCAAAUGAGGAUCUUUUCAUCGGCGAUAUAAUCGUCAACGCCAAACCCAUUCGCCGACGCACUUCCAAGUACUACGUGCCAGAGUCUGUGUACGGCAGUGCUUUGUACCCGUCUUAUGCCGGGGGAGGGGGCUUCGUCAUGUCCGGGCAUACGGCGCGGAGACUCGGCGUCUCCUGUCAACAAGUCGAGCUGUUUCCCAUCGACGACGUGUUCCUGGGAAUGUGCCUCCAGCUGCUCGGGAUCAAGCCAUUGCGUCACCCAGGUUUUCGGACCUUCGGCAUCCCCCGUCCAUCAGCGGCACCUCACCUCCAGACGUUCGAGCCGUGUUUUUACCGGGAGCUCAUGGUGGUUCACGGCCUCAGCGUGCCCCAGAUAUGGCUCAUGUGGAAGUUGUUGAAUGACCCCAAACUGAACUGUCACAACAGGUCCAGAUCAACAACCGGACCCUUCAGGUGGCGGACUGGAGAUUCAAAAGGGGAGGCGGAGACUGACUAUGAUGAGAAGGGAGUGUUUGUCACACACGAUUGACACCCUGCGGGGAAGACGUGGUCAACUUUGAAAGGGCCGAGAUCUGAAGCACAGUCACGUGACACCUCAUCCAUGUUGGUAGACUGACGAGAUGAGCAGACAGACGUUAACCCUCGUAGUCCACCGCUUGCGAGAAAUGUUAAAAUGAUGUCUUUGAAUCAAAGGCAAAGGCAUUCGGAAAAACACGAGAGAGCUGAAACGUAUCGGGGGGGAUCUAAAAUGGCCUAAAUUUCAU